AUGGUGGCCUCCGAGGAAGAGGACCCGCUGCCUGUGUUUAUCCAGGUGCUCCCACACUCCCACAGGCUCUGUUUAGAGCUGAGACUGAGAGAGGAUGCCACAGAGGCUGUGUUGACUGAAGGCUCUAUUAAAAUGGGAAGCAGCAAGCUCAGUGCCAGUCCCGUUGAUAUCCUGAAGGUCUUGGAGCUGUCAGAGAGCAUGGAGGGUGUGUCAUUGGAGGCAGGACUGUGCACCAGCAGGAAGGGCAGAGAGGAGACGGACCUCUCCUUUAAGAUCGACAAGAAGAUUCAACUGAGUGUUCCAACCAAGCAGCUUUUCCCUGAUUCGCAUUUCCCAUUGGAUUUCUCUGUGAUGACAACAGUUAGAGCUGUGAAGGGCUCGCAGACCUUUCUCCUCUCCUUGUAUGACUCGCAGGGCACACAACAGCUGGGCAUAGAGAUUGGCCGUUCUCCUGUCUUCCUGUAUGAAGACCACGAGGGUCUGCCUCCUCCAGAACUCUACCCUACCUUUAAAAAGGUCAAUCUGGCUGAUGGAAAGUGGCACAGAGUGGCGUACAGUGUGGAGGGUGAGUCAGUCACUCUCUACCUGGACUGUGUCAAGCUGGACACCCUAGAACUGCUCAGAGGUCCUGACCCCCAGGUCAGCAUUGAAGGGGUCACCGUGUUUGGAACGCGCCUGCUGGAUGACUAUGUUUUUGAGGGAGAAAUCCAGCAGCUUUUGAUUGUCGAUGACCCCAGAGCAGCAGAGACGUACUGUCAGGACUUCAUCCCAGACUGUGACGCACCUCUGCCCUACGACAGCAUAUUAACAGAGGCUGUGGAAGUGGAGAGAGCGCCUAAGAAACAUGUAGUUGAAGAGUUUGACGAGUUUGACUACAGCGACCUCUUUGACGACAUCUCCACGGUGACUGCAGGUCCUAAUGCCACAGAGUACGAGAUUGUAGAGUAUGAAGACUAUGACAACACAACAGAUUACUACCAGGGGAACGAGUAUGAGUAUGAGGAUGAAUAUGAUGAGCGCUAUGGACCGGCAGAGAGAGAGCGCGAGCACACUCUUAACACACAGGAUAUACCAGAGAAAGGAGAGAAAGGAGAGCCAGCCGUUUUGGGAGUGGGAACACAGAUUGUGGGACCACACGGGCUUCCAGGACCUGAGGGAGAGCCAGGACCUCCUGGAAUCACAGGACCAGUGGGACCUCGAGGAGAUCUUGGAGAGCUGGGCCCUCAAGGCCGUCCAGGUCUUAAUGGAGCUGAUGGGAUACCAGGUCCUCCAGGAAACAUCAUGCUCAUCCCGUUUCAGUCAGGUGGUGAUCCAAAGACAGGUACUGUGGUUUCAGCGCAGGAGGCGCAGGCUCAGGCUAUCCUGCAGCAGACAAAGCUGGCUAUGAAGGGACCUCCAGGGCCACUCGGCCUCAGAGGAAGACCUGGACCACUGGGUGCACCAGGCCCCUCUGGGCUGAAGGGGUCCAAUGGAGAGAAUGGGCCGCCGGGUCCAGCGGGCAUGCCAGGUAUCCCGGGUCAGAACGGACGAAUUGGAAAAAGGGGUCGAGCGGGUACAGAUGGAGGAAGAGGUGCAAUAGGAGAGACAGGAUCAAAGGGGGAUAGAGGGUUUGAUGGACUGCCAGGUCUCCCUGGAAACAAAGGACAUCAAGGGGAAAGAGGGAAGCCAGGUCGUGCAGGUCCUCUAGGAGAGCCAGGAGAAAAGGGCUCUGAGGGGCCACCUGGACCAAGAGGACAAUCGGGUGAUGCUGGUUCCAGAGGUCUGAAUGGGCCCAGAGGUCGUGCUGGACCCCUAGGCCAGCCUGGCAUUCGGGGAAUUGAUGGUGUUCAAGGUUCAAAGGGAAACAAUGGACCCCCAGGAGAUGUUGGAGCACCUGGUCAGCAAGGCAACCCUGGAAUACUGGGUUUUCCUGGUCCUCAGGGAUUAGUAGGGCUGCCAGGAGAGAAGGGGCCUCAAGGGAAGAAAGGGAUGCAGGGCUUACCUGGAAACGACGGGCCCACUGGUCACCCCGGAAGAGAAGGAUUUCCAGGUGAAAAAGGACUCGCGGGACCUCCAGGAGUGCAGGGGCCUGUUGGAUACCCUGGACAACGGGGAGUUAAGGGAGCAGAUGGAAUCAGGGGAUUAAAGGGAAGCAAAGGCGAGAAGGGAGAGGAUGGUUUUCCAGGAGCCAAGGGGGAGAUGGGAGGGAAGGGGGACACUGGGGACAAUGGAGGUACAGGUGGCCGAGGAGAAGAUGGGCCUGAGGGGCCAAAAGGCCAGUUGGGGCCUCAAGGGGAAACUGGCUCUGCUGGCACUUCUGGAGAAAAGGGGAAACUUGGAGUUCCCGGACUGCCAGGAUAUCCAGGUCGACAGGGGCCAAAGGGCUCUGAUGGCUUCCCUGGUUCCUUGGGAAGUGCAGGAGAGAAAGGGAAGAAAGGUCCUGCAGGACAACCAGGAACCGCAGGCCAGAGGGGUCCAAAUGGUUCACGAGGUGCCAGAGGAGCAAGAGGGCCUACCGGGAAACCAGGAGAAAAGGGUACCUCAGGACACGAUGGGCCCCCAGGAUCUCCUGGAGAUAGGGGACCUCAAGGGCCACAAGGAAGGGAUGGAGAACCAGGACCUAAAGGAUCAUUUGGUCAAGCUGGGAAGGAUGGACUUCCAGGUCACCCAGGUCAAAGAGGAGAGCCGGGAUUUCAAGGGAAGACGGGACCUCCAGGACCCACAGGUGUUGUGGGACCACAGGGCAAAUCAGGUGAGCCCGGCCCAACAGGGGACCGAGGUCACCCAGGGGCGCCAGGAGUGCCUGGUGAGCACGGUUUACCUGGAUCUGCUGGGAAGGAAGGUGGAAAGGGUGACCCAGGUUUACCCGGCACACCUGGGAAGAACGGUCCUGCUGGACUCAAAGGGUUCAGGGGGAGCAGAGGAGCACCUGGCAUUAUGGGACCUCCUGGUUUGAAAGGUGGAGCAGGACCUAAUGGAGCCUCAGGAGCCAUAGGGCCAUCAGGUGAGAGAGGUCCCCCGGGGUCAGCUGGUGCCAUUGGACAGCCUGGGCGUUCUGGAUUGAUUGGAGGACCGGGACCGAUGGGAGAGAAGGGCGAGCCUGGAGAUAAAGGUCCGAUUGGGCCUGCCGGUUCAGAUGGAGAUCAAGGACCUGUAGGCAUGCCAGGGGCUACGGGCCCUGCAGGACCACCAGGAGAUGACGGGGACAAGGGAGAGCAAGGAGGACCCGGGCAGAAAGGCAGUAAAGGAGACAAAGGGGAAUCAGGUCCCCAAGGCCCCACUGGCACUCAAGGGCCCGUCGGUCAGCCAGGACUUCCAGGUGCAGAUGGACUGCUUGGUCCCCCGGGCCAGCAGGGCAUGUACGGUCCAAAAGGAGAUGAGGGAACACGUGGCUUCAAGGGCUCUAGGGGACCAAUAGGAUUACAGGGCAUGCCGGGCCUGCCAGGAGAAAAGGGAGAUAGCGGACACGUAGGACUAAUGGGUCCACCUGGCCAACAAGGGCCGAGUGGUCCUCAAGGACCUAUUGGGGGACAGGGGCCAACAGGUCGACCAGGGAUGAUAGGACAGCCCGGUGUUGUCGGCGAGAAGGGAGAGGACGGUGAGGCCGGUGACCCUGGACCAGUUGGUUUUUCAGGAAAGCAAGGAGAGAAAGGCGAACAGGGGGAGAAGGGAGAUACAGGUCUUCCAGGAGCAGCUGGUCCUCCAGGAGCUAGGGGUGCCCCAGGGGAGGAUGGAGCUAAGGGCAACUCUGGUCCUUUAGGUCUAACUGGGGACCUCGGACAGCAGGGAGAGGCUGGACCAAAUGGUGUGGAUGGUCUACCCGGGUCUAAAGGAGACCCAGGAGAUCCUGGAAAUUCUGGACCACCAGGAGCAGCAGGUGAACCAGGACCAUCUGGAGCUCCUGGGCGAAGGGGCCACUUGGGGAAACCGGGGAAGGAAGGAAAGGCCGGUUCGAAAGGAGCAAAGGGUGCCUCCGGAUUUGAGGGUCCUAUAGGGAAGACAGGGCCCGUAGGUGCCCAGGGGAACCCUGGGAAGCCUGGUCUCCAGGGUCUAAGAGGAAUCCCUGGUCCUGCAGGUGAGCAGGGAUUAAAUGGACCGCCUGGCCAGUCUGGACCACCAGGUCCAAUGGGUCCACCAGGAAUAUUUGGACUAAAGGGAGACCCAGGGAGGAAAGGAGACAAGGGUCAUGGUGGUCUGAUAGGUCUGAUAGGUCCACCAGGAGACAUCGGAGAGAAGGGCGACAGAGGACUGCCAGGAAACCAGGGACUACCGGGUCCAAAGGGAGAUGAGGGUCCAGUUGGCCCAGCAGGUCCUUUCGGCCCCCCUGGCACCACUGGUCUAUCUGGUGCUGUUGGUUCAAAGGGGUCUAAAGGAAACCAGGGCCCAAUUGGUCCCAGAGGAGACCUUGGGCCUGCAGGACCUCCAGGACCACCAGGAUUGCCAGCGGUUGGGUCAGCGCCUCUGCCCGAGCGAGGACGAAGAAGGAGAACCAACGACUUGGUAGAUGGUGCUGCACUUGAAGAGGAAGGGGAUCAAGCAGAGCAGGAUGGAUGGAUGAAGGAGAAGGAGGGCCAAGGCAUGGAGGAGGUGUUUGCAUCUCUGUCCUCUAUGAAAGUAGAUGUGGAGGGUCUUCGUAACCCGCUGGGGACAUAUCACAGCCCCGCCCGCACCUGCAAAGAGCUUUGGCUCCUCCAACCAGAGCUCCCCAACGGUGAGUACUGGAUAGAUCCCAACCAGGGUUGCCAUAGAGACUCCUUCAAGGUGUUUUGCAACUUCACAGCACAGGGUGAGACGUGUCUGUCCCCUGACAAGAAGUUCCAGUCGGUAAAGCUGGCAGCCUGGAAAGGGGAAAAGCCUGGCACCUGGUACAGUAAAUUCAGGAAAGGAAAACAGUUUUCCUACUCUGGGUCGGACGGCGUUCCCAUCCACGUCGUCCAGCUGACCUUCCUGAAGCUGCUGAGCGCGACAGCCAAGCAGACCUUCACCUACCACUGCCUCAACUCCGCCGCCUGGCUGCACGCCGCCACAUACAGCCACGAACACGCGCUGCGCUUCAGAGGCAGCGACGGGGAGGAGCUGACACACGAGAACACACAUUACAUUACUGCACUGUACGACGGGUGUCAGGCACGCUCAGGGCAGGAGAGGACGGUGUUGGAGUUUGACGCUCAACUGUCCAACACGCUCCCCAUCAUCGACGUAGCUGUAUCCGACUUUGGAAAGGGGAACCAGAAAUUUGGUUUCCAAGUUGGCCCAGUCUGCUACAACGGUUAA